GGCUGCCGGGGGAAGCGCGCCAGACACAGGGCGCGCACGCCCACGCGGAGGGCUCUUCCGGCCCCGCCCCUAGAUGUGGCUGGAGUUCGCCUUCCUUUUUCCCCCACCUCGCGGGAUGGAGUCGUCCGCUCCUCCCUCGGUGUUUACGGCUCUCAGCGCUGCGCCUUGGACCACCGGAGUGCAGCGUCGUCCAUUGUCACGGCCCGUAGCUGGCUCCCAGUCGUUGUUGACGAAGGACGAGCCGAUGGGAUGAGAGAGGUUUAUGUCCAUUGAUUCACGCACCAGACUGCGUGCCAGCCAAGCCUGAGACCAGAGGCUGAACUGCGUUUUAGUGUCACCGUAGAUAGCACCGUAGAUGGCCCAGGUGACAAGUGGAAGACCAGCUGUAGAGAAGGCUAAGGUGGAAAUAGCUACCCCUUGGAGGGAAGAGACCCAAACCAGGGAGUACCUGACAGGCUUCCACAAGCGGAAGGUAGAGCGCAAGAAGGCAGCCAUUGAAGAGAUAAAGCAGCGGCUUAAGCAAGAGCAGAAGAAGCUUCGGGAAGAGCGCCACCAGGAGUACCUGAAGAUGCUGGCAGAAAGAGAGGAAGCACUGGAGGAGGCAGAUGAGCUGGAGCGGCUAGUGACAGCGAAGACAGAGUCGGUGCAGUAUGACCACCCCAAUCACACAGUCACUGUGACCACCAUCAGUGACCUGGACCUCUCAGGGGCCCGGCUGCUAGGUCUGCCCCUGCCUGAGCAAGGGGACCAGGAUGGGUCCCAGGAAGAGGAGAUGUCAUCCCUGGAAAAGCCAACAAAAGCCUUGCCCAGGAAGUCCAAAGAUCCCCUGCUCUCUCAGCGCAUCUCCUCCCUCACAGCUACACUGCACGCACACAGUCGGAAGAAGGUCAAGAGGAAACACCCUCGGCGGGCACAGGACUCCACCAAGAAACCUCCAAGUGCCACACGUACCAGCAAGACCCAGCGCCGCCGUCGGAUGACUGGAAAAGCCAGGCACAACGGGGAGUGAGCCCUCAAGCCUGGGGGUCCCAGCUUGAGUCCUUGGCUGUCCCUGUAACCCAGCUACACCGAGGGUUACCUGCAGCCUAAGCCUGAAAAUCAGGACUUUGCCAGCCAGGGUCAUCCUUGCUUUGAGCCCAGAAGGAACGGACUUCUGAGAGCCCGGGUUCCCGGAGCCUGCAGAACCGUGCUGGGCUCGUUCCCAAGUGUACAUCCACCUGGGACUGAAGAGAAGUGUGAAACUC